GAAAAGAGGUGGAGAGAAAGAGAGCGAAACCAGGCGGCCUUCUUCUAUAUAACGUCCCGAACACGCUCUCUUUCUCUUCUCCUAAGUUCUCUUCACUUGUCUUUCUUGUUUCUUUCUAGGGAGGAGAGAAGAGAAAGGGUUCAAGAACCCAGAACAAGGAAGGCUCUCUGUAUCUCCAAACUUCUCCCGCCAUGAUCUCGAUAAGCAGAUGCUGUUUUCUGAACAAUGUGGGAAUUUCUGGGUCCUGCAGUCCCAUUACUUACAAGCAGAGGAGGCUGCUCCCAACUUCAGUUAGAGUGUUAGCUUCGGGUCCUAACCGAGACCGCAAUGGCAGCCUCCUGACGGAGAGCACGUUGAAGGAAACCAGACAAGAUGUCGCCUCUGUUCAUCAGGUGGACUCUAAAACCACCGUCUCCGAUGGCGUCCACGAUGUCUACGAGGAGGACGCCGCCACCGAGGAACAGCUUGUCACCCCUUGGACCUACUCCGUUGCUAGUGGUUAUUCUUUGUUGCGAGAUCCACACCACAAUAAAGGGCUUGCCUUCAAUGAGAAAGAGAGAGAUGCCCACUACUUGCGUGGUCUUCUCCCUCCAACUGUUAUUUCUCAAGAACUUCAGGUGAAGAAACUAAUGCACAUGCUCCGCGGAUAUCAAGUUCCUCUGCAGAAGUACAUGGCCAUGAUGGAUUUUCAGGAGACAAAUGAAAGGCUGUUCUACAAACUUCUCAUUGACAAUGUUGAGGAGUUACUCCCAGUUGUCUACACUCCAACUGUUGGUGAAGCUUGCCAGAAAUAUGGGAGCAUCUUCUUACGUCCUCAGGGUCUCUUUAUCAGUUUGAAAGAAAAGGGGAAGAUUCUUGAGGUUUUGAGAAAUUGGCCUGAGAAGAAUAUUCAAGUUAUUGUUGUCACUGAUGGGGAGAGGAUUUUGGGUCUUGGGGACCUUGGUUGUCAGGGGAUGGGAAUACCUAUAGGGAAACUUUCAUUGUACACAGCGCUUGGAGGAGUUCGUCCUUCAGCUUGCUUGCCUAUUACCAUUGAUGUGGGCACAAACAAUGAGUGGUUAUUGAAUGAUGAGUUCUAUAUAGGGCUUAGGCAAAGGAGAGCUACUGGUCAGGAGUAUGCUGAACUUCUACACGAGUUCAUGACUGCUGUCAAGAAGAACUAUGGGGAGAAAGUUCUUAUUCAGUUUGAAGAUUUUGCAAACCACAAUGCUUUUGACUUGCUUGAAAAGUAUGGGACAACUCAUCUUGUCUUCAAUGAUGAUAUUCAGGGAACAGCAUCUGUUGUCCUUGCAGGGGUUGUUGCUGCAUUGAAAUUAGUUGGAGGAAACUUAGCUGACCACAAAUUCUUAUUUCUUGGUGCUGGAGAAGCUGGAACUGGAAUAGCAGGACUCAUAGCCCUUGAAAUAUCGAAACAGACAAAUAUGCCACUAGAAGAGGCUCGUAAAAGGAUUUGGCUCGUGGAUUCCAAGGGUUUGAUUGUUAAAUCUCGUUUGGAGUCGCUUCAACAUUUCAAAAAGCCAUGGGCUCAUGAUCACGAGCCUAUCAAGGAACUUGUGGAUGCUGUUAAUGGAAUCAAGCCUACAGUGUUGAUUGGAACAUCAGGGGUAGGAAGAACCUUUACUAAAGAAGUUGUUGAGGCUAUGGCUGCCUUGAACAAGAAACCUGUUAUUUUUGCUCUAUCUAAUCCAACUUCACAGUCUGAAUGUACUGCUGAAGAAGCUUAUACAUGGAGCAAGGGACGAGCCAUUUUCGCUAGUGGGAGUCCGUUUGACCCUGUGGAGUAUGAUGGAAAGGUGUUUGUGCCUGGACAGGCAAACAAUGCAUAUAUCUUCCCCGGGUUUGGUCUUGGUUUAAUAAUGUCUGGCACAAUCCGUGUUCAUGAUGACAUGCUUCUUGCGGCCUCCGAAGCUUUGGCUGCACAAGUAACUCAGGAGAACUUUGACAAGGGACUCAUAUACCCACCAUUCAAGAACAUUAGAAAGAUUUCAGCACAAAUUGCUGCUAAAGUAGCUGCUAAAGCAUAUGAUCUUGGUUUGGCUACUUGCCUCCCUCAACCUAAGGAUCUCGUGAAACAUGCCGAGAAAUGCAUGUACAACCCUGCCUACAGGAGCUACCGGUGAAGUAGCUUGAAUAUUUCUAACUGGAUGCUGGUUGUAAAACGGUCUCAAACCAUAUAAGCAUCUAUAGUUAUUUUCCAUGUACUUUUUCCAAAUUUUUUGGUUUUGUUUCGCCCCUUUUGUUCUUUCUUCGCAGCCCUUUGGUGGUUUGGUGAGAAGAAGCAUAGUGGGUGACCAUGGUAGUUAGAUCAACCAAUAUGGAGUAAAAUUACAGCAUGGAAAUGUUGUCUCUGAACCAUAAAUCCUUCAGAUGAAAUAGAAAUUUCAAAUUAUC